AUGCUGAGGCAGGAGGAGAAAGUGCUCAGAGAGCCAGUGUUGAGUGAGUCCAUUUGCCACUCCAUACCCUGUGGAGGCUGUAAACUCACUCCAUGGCCCUCUGUCCUACUCUCAGGGCCUGAGGUCACUCAGCCAGAAGUGGACACCACCCUGGGCCGUGUGCGAGGCCGGCAAGUGGGCGUGAAGGGCAUAGACCGCCUUGUGAAUGUCUUCCUGGGCAUCCCGUUUGCCAAGCCACCUCUGGGGCCUGGCCGAUUCUCAGCCCCGCGCCCAGCGCAGUCCUGGGAGGGUGUGCGGGAUGCCAGCACUGCCCCUGCAAUGUGCCUGCAGGAUCUGGAGAGAAUGGACAACAGCAGAUUUGUGUUGAACGGAAAGCACCAGCACUUCCCUAUUUCAGAGGACUGUCUGAUCCUCAACAUCUACAGCCCAGCUGAGGCCACCGUGGGGGCCAGGCGGCCGGUCAUGGUAUGGAUCCAUGGGGGCGCUCUGGUGGCCGGCGCCGCCACCUCCCAAGACGGGUCAGCCCUGGCCGCCUAUGGGGAUGUGGUAGUGGUCACAGUCCAGUACCGCCUGGGGCUCCUUGGCUUCCUCAGCACUGGAGACGAGCAUGCCCCUGGCAACUGGGGCUUCCUAGAUGUGGUGGCUGCUCUGCACUGGGUGCAGGGGAACAUCUCCCCCUUUGGAGGUGACCCCAACUCUGUCACCAUCUUUGGCAGUUCUGCCGGUGCCUGCAUCGUCUCUGCCCUGGUCCUGUCCCCGCUGGCUGCAGGGCUAUUCCACAGAGCCAUAGCCCAGAGUGGAGUCAUCACCAUUCCCACCUUACAGGCUUCGAACCCAAGGCUCCUGGCUCAAAGCUUCGCGGACUCCGUGGCCUGCAGCUCUACCUCCUCAGCUGAGAUGUUGCAGUGCCUUCGGGAGAAGGCAGACAAGGAGCAGAUCCUUAACAUGAAGUUGAACACUACAGCUACCUACACCAUUGAUGGCACCUUCUUUCCCAAGAGCCCCAGGGAGCUCUUGAGGGAGAGGCGGUUCCAUUCUGUGCCCUUCCUCCUGGGUGUCAACAAUCACGAGUUUGGCUGGCUCAUCCCCAAGGGCUGGGGUUUCCUGGAUAAGAUGGGGCAGAUGAGCGUGGAGGAUAUGCUGGCCAUAUUAAGACCCAACUUGACCAUUCUGGAUAUACCCCUCGAGGUGAUGCCCACCAUCGUAGAUGAAUACCUAGGCGGCAGUUUCGACGCAGAAGCCAGACGCAAUGCUGUCCAGGAAUUUUGGGCUGACCUUAUGGUUAUCUUUCCCACCUUGAAUUUCUCAAGAAACCUCCGAGAUUCUGGAGCCCCCGUCUUUUUCUAUGAGUUCCAGCAUCGACCCAGUUCUUUUGCGAAGAUCAAACCAGACUGGGUGAGGGCUGACCAUGGGGCUGAGAUUGCCUUCAUAUUCGGGGGUCCUUUCCUCAUGGAUGAGAGCUCCCUGCUGGCCUUUCCAGAAGCUACACAGGAGGAGAAGCAGCUGAGCCUCACCAUGAUGGCCCAGUGGACCCAAUUUGCCCGGACAGGGGACCCCAAUGGUGAGGGGUUGCCUCCUUGGCCUGCAUUCAAGCAGUUGGAGCAAUACCUGGAGAUCAGCCCGACACCACGAGUUGGCCAGAAGCUAAGAGAAGCCCAAAUGCAGUUCUGGGCAGAGAUACUUUCUGCCAACUUCCGGCAGUGGCAGCAGAAGCAGAAGGGCAGGAAGGCCCAGGAGGAGCUCUGAGGCAGGGCAUGGGCCUUCUUGGCUGGAGGCCAACCCUAGGGGUGGCAGAGUCCCAGCAAAACAGCUUCUUUCUCCCCCUACUAAGAAACUUUAACUCAAACCAAGCUGAUGUAUGGACAUGUCCCUUAAGGAAUCAGCCCCUCCAUGACUGGCAUUGUGCUGUUGAAAUGUCACUUGCUUCCUACUUUAAGGGCCUCUGUACAAACUCCUCCCUCUUCUUUCCCCCUUGCUUCCUAGCAAGUUCCAGCUCUUUCCUUAAGCUCCCUCCUCCAUGAAGCUUUCCCUGCCUUCUCUAGGCCCGAGUGUAUGUCCGUUACAGCAUAGCCCACUCCAGGCUAGCACUGUCUGUAUCUGUGUCUCUUUCCCUUCUCUGAGAGUAGAAAUCAACCUGACCCCACUCUGCAUCUUCCCCACAAGGAUCAGGAGGACUUGGAGUCAGGGAUGUUUGAUGAGCGAGUAAAAGACUGAGAGAGUGUGUGAAUGGUGGCUGCUGGAUGUGAACCCAGGCUCUUCAGCCACCAAAGCUAUGCUCAGGCCUACACAGAUGUGCCCCUUGGCCAGAAGGGUGAAUGGACUCCAAAGGCAGCCCUGGGGUAGGAGGAAGUCCUGAGACCUCAAAGAAUUCUCUAGAAUGGAUCUCAGCCCCCAAAGGCCUCUAACUCAGGCUAAAGGAGAUCCUUUUCUCUGUGCUGCCCAGACUUGUUCCCCUGCUCCCUUGCACAAGACACAGCAGAAUCCAGCAGGGCCAGAGACCUGACUCUUAGCCUAUGAGAUGUCAGCUUCCCAGUCCUAGUGCUUCAAUGCUUAAUGGCCUGCUAGGCUCCUCCCUGCCCUCCCAGCUUGGGGAGACCAACUUCUGGGGGAACUGAGCACAGCUCCACAGCACCUGCUAGGACACAGGAGAAGAGAUUGAGGGAGGGUGUCUGGACAAGUGCAUCAGUCAGACUAUUGUCACAGAGAAAAGAAGAGGCCUACCCACUCAGGCCACAACAAGUGAAGAGGAGCCAGAGGCUUUUGAGGCAAACAUUUCUUCUUUUUGAGAAUCAAUGCACCACUCCCUUGGGGCAUCUGGAUUUUAAUACAUGCCACAAGGACUUUCUUUCCCUGCCCCCACUAUCUCAUCCUACAGGUCUAAUCCCACAUAUACCCUUCCUCCAUCAGACUCAGUUCCUGGCUGCUGAGGGUUACAUGAAAGCACUUGCAAUUGGGACCAGUGCUGUUCAGGGAAGUCCUUUUUGGGCAAGGAGGAGACACAUAAAGCCAGAGGGACACUUAGUCAUACCACUCCCCUGCUCAAGAGCUCCCUGUCAUUCUCUGUCACCCUUAGGGCAAGUCCAAGUUCUUCACAUGGCAUUGAAAGCCUUCUGUUCUCAUCCC